AGUCUAACAAUCUAUCUGUAAAUCAAAUGACGUUAUACUGAAGGAACAGAAAAGUUUUUGCCUCUCUCAGCUCUGUGCAGCUCAGUGCAUCCCCGAGGAUCCGGACCCAGCGCUUUGCAGUGCAUCCCCAGCCUAGUCCAGCCCAGCUUUGCCUCCUCUAGCCUAGCUGACCAUGGCAGAUGCUUUUGUUGGCACCUGGAAGCUAGUUGACAGCAAGAAUGUCGAUGACUACAUGAAGUCCACUGGUGUUGGCUUUGCCACAAGGCAGGUGGCCAGCAUGACCAAGCCCACCACCAUCAUCGAGGUCAGAGGGGACACCAUCACCAUCAAGACUCGGAGCACUUUCAAGAACACCGAGAUCCCCUUCAAGCUGGGAGUAGAGACAACAGCUGAUGACAGGAAAGUCAAGUCUACUGUCACACUGGAUGGAGGCAAACUUGUCCAUGGCCAGAAGUGGGAUGGGCAGAAGACCACACCCACUCGGGAGCUCCAGGGUGGAAAGCUCAUUCUGAUACUAACCCACGGCAGUGCAGUCUGCAUUAGGACCUAUGAGAAGGAAACAGCUUGAAGCCAGCCCACCUGUUCACUGUCAACUCCUCUGCGAAGGCUACUGCUGAAUUCAACACCAGAUUGCCUCAUUUCUGCACCCCCUCCCCCUCCCCACCCCAGUGUUUUGUACCAAUUGACUCUGGUCAAGGAACCCUCCAGAAAUUGAAAACAUAUGGUGCUGUCCUAGUGCUGGUUGAAGCCCUUUCUGCCUUUUUUAAAGAACUACAUCCAAUGGCUGGUCCCAAGACAAUAAAGCAGAUCUCACAGUCAUAAAAAAGAAAAAGAAAAGAAAAGAAAAGUUCUGGAACUGAAUUUAAAAGAGUUCUUUAUUUAGGAUGAUCUGAAAAAUGUUCUGGACCUUCUAGCCAUUUAAACCAGAAAUCGCAGACUCCCUUGAAUGUGGAUUCUUGCCUAAGAAUGUGGCACAAAUACCAUUUUUGUAGAAACUUCAAUUCAUUUGACAAAUGUUUACCAAGUGCCUAUUGCACAGAAGAUAUCAUGCUAAGCAAAAUAUAUAAAAUUGGCAAGGAAUGUAUUUUUUUUAGCUUUAUGUUUCUAGUACGUAGCACAAUGCAGUCUGUCUUCAGGUAACAUAUUCUAAGAGUUACCUGGCUGGAACUUUGAACACAUUUUCUCAUAGAAACAAGAGCAUAAAUAUAAGCUGAGUUAAGCAUUUUAGGCUAGCCCACAAAGGCCUGUUUAACCUGUUUACUAUUAUAAUGGAAUAUUAUAAAUCAGCUCCAAAACUAUCAAUCAAACAAAAGAAUGGAAACAAUAAGGAUUUUAAAAAUAAAUUCUG